GCUGCCGCCGGCGCCCGGCGGCGCGCGGCCCGGCGGGGCCCGCGCCCGGCCGGCGCGGGCGCGGCGCAGCGGCGGUGCGGCGCCGCGGCGCGCGCGUGCGGCGAGCGGCGGGGCGGGGGCCAGCGGCGGGGCGCGCCCGCGGGGGCGCAGGGGGCGGAGCACCCCCAGAGGUUCACCAGGCUGAUCGGCGCGCACUCCAAGCAGCGGCAGUGGCAGGGAGCCCUGUCUGUCCUGAGGGGGAUGCAGAUCGGCGCGGUCGCGCCGAACGUGAUCACGUUCAACGCCUCUCUCUCGGGCGCUGCCGGGAGCGCUCCUGGCCAGGGUUGUCCCCGUCGCCUCGCGCCCCCUGGGAGCCCCGGGGGGCAUUUCUGGGCCUCGUGCGGCACAACGAGGUCGCGACCCGCUCACCGGGAG